AUGGAUCGCUUCGUCGUGAAAAGGAAGACUCCACCGUCUGAUGAUAUUGAUUUGGAUGAUUUGCCCUGGGAUCCAGCGAAGAGGAAAAGAAUUAUAAGCUAUCAUCCUAAUCAAAGAGAUGAAGUACGGCGCAAAUAUUUGAUUAGAGGACCUUGUCAACCUCGUGGUCACCGUUUUAAACAAACAGCAAUUGGAGGGGUGCUUCGACGUUGUAAUCUAAAGUGGUUUGAUAUGUAUGGUGAUUGGUUGGAAUAUAGUGUGGAGAACGAUAAAGCUUUUUGGGUUGCAGGGUUGAAUCAACAUGUGGGAUCUGAUGUGAAUAGUUUUCACAACAAUGCCAAAAGAAAAUGUGAGUAUUUGAUGAGGCAAGGUCAGUCUAUCAAACAUGCUCUUCAUAAACAGAGCGAUGUUGUGAAGAAUGAUUACAUAAUUCGACUGAAUGCUUCCAUUGAUGUUUCUAGACAUUUGUUACAUCAAGGAUUACCAUUUCGUGAUCAUGAUGAGUCAGAUGAGUCAGCUAAUAGAGGUAAUUUCUUAGAGCUUCUGAAGUAUACCGCUGGUCAAAAUGAGGUUGUAAAAAAAGUUGUCUUGAAUAAUGCUCCUAAAAACAAUCAGAUGACAUCUCCUCCAAUUCAAAAGGACAUUGUGCAUUGCUUUGCGGAAGAGGUAACUAAAUCUAUUAUUGAAGAAAUUGAUAAUGAUGUCUUUGGUUUGCUGGUAGAUGAAUCUACUGAUGUAUCAUACAAAGAGCAAAUGGCAGUGGUUUUUCGCUUUGUUGAUAAGUAUGGGAUAGUCAAAGAAAGAUUUGUUGGUGUUAUUCAUGUGAAGGAGACAUCUUCUUUAUCUUUGAAGUGUGCUAUUGAUUCUUUGUUUGCAAUGUAUGGAUUGAGUAUGAAAAAGGUGAGAGGACAAGGAUAUGAUGGAGCUAGUAAUAUGAAAGGAGAAUUCAAUGGACUAAGAUCAUUGGUUUUGAAAGAAAGCAGCUCAGCUUAUUAUGUUCAUUGUUUUGCUCAUCAACUACAACUAGUUGUCAUGGCAGUAGCGAAAAAGCAUUUUGAAGUUGGAGAAUUUUUUGACAUGAUUUCUGUUUUGUUGAAUGUGGUUGGAGCUUCUUGCAAGAUAAAAGAUAUGAUCCGGGAAAACUACAGAAAAAUAGUGGAAGAAGGGAUUAACAAUGGUGAAAUUAAGACUGGAACUGGGUUGAAUCAAGAAAUUUCUCUUCAAAGGCCUGGAAAUACUCGUUGGGGUUCACAUUAUAAGACUUUACUGCGACUUGUUGAGCUGUUUUCUUAUGUAGUUAAAGUUCUUGAGUAUAUCCAGGAUGAAUGCACAGACUCCACCAAAAGACAACAAGCAUAUGGAAUUCUCAAGUAUUUUCACACCUUUGAUUUUGUUUUCUAUCUACACUUGAUGCUGUUUGUUAUGGGUCUCACUGAAAGUUUAUCAAAGGCUUUACAAAGAAAAAACCAAGAUAUCUUGAAUGCUAUUUCAUUGGUGGAAUCAACUAAAAGUCAGUUGCAAAAGCUUAGAGAUGAUGGAUGGGAUGCUUUAUGGCUAAAAUCAGUUCAUUAUGUGAGCAAAGUGACAUUGGGCUGGUCAUAA